UGAGCGCUCGUAACCGAAUCUGAGCUCAUAUCCUUGGCACCAGUGCAAAUUUUAAACUUAUUCUAUUUUAAACCAACACUAUACUAUAUAAAUUAUAUAACGUAUAACUAUACAACGUGUAAUUAUACUAUACACUAUAAAGUAUACAACGUGUAACUAUAGAACGCGUAACUGUAACUAUACAACUUAUGGAGCCACACGACGCCAAAACUGGGCUAAAUAUUGCUAAGCCGCUGCACAAGAGCCACAAGCCAUGGGUACCCCCACACAAGCGGCAAUCAAAAAAUAAGAACUCAGCACAACUUAGUCAACAAAAGUCUGGAGAUUUAAAAAUUCCACAGCAAAUUAUUGAAAGUAAUUCUUCUUGCGAUGACAUUAAACCUUUGCAUCAAAGUGUAAAUCCCUGGAAACCAACUUGGAAGAUGCUGUUAUCUGGUGAAAUGUUAAGAAAGCGUAAAUCACUUGAAGCUGAGAUACUGUUUAUCAUGAAUCGACUUACCCCAACAAACUUUGAGCGCUUGGCUGUGGAAAUGAGGAGUCUAAAUAUUACAACUUAUGAGGAUUUGCAAGAGCUGGUUAAAAUAUUUUUUGACAAGGUAACAACUGAGACAAAAUUUGUUGAACCCUAUGCACUGCUUUGCAAAAUUAUGGCACCGCUUAAAGUACCCCCUCCAGCAAAUAUGAAAGAAAACCAAUCUACUUUUCGAGUGGUUAUAUUAACCAAAUGCCAGCAGGAAUUUGAAGCUGAUAAGGCUGUUGUGUUUGAGGAUCCGGAAGAGAAGAAGAAGAAAAUUGAAUCAGAAAUACCUGAAGGGCCUGAAAGAACAGUGUAA